CUCGUGGUAUAGUUACUUACAUGAGCAUCAACUUCACUUAUAGCUAACUUUUUUCUUCUCUUUCUUUCUCUCUGGCUCGUCGCUUUUAGAAAACGUUAAUUCAAUAUGGCUAAAAAGAACGGAACGUCUUGGUUCACCGCCGUGAAAAAGAUUCUCUGGUCACCGUCAAAAGACUCCGACAAGAAGACUCACCACCACAAAGAAACCGAUAUUAAGAGAAAAGAAAAGAAAGGAUGGAUUUUUCGAAAGACCAAACUCGAAACCACAAACUCUGUCUUACAACAUACUGUCCGUACGGUGGAGGCAGAGGAGAAAGAAAAACCGCCGGUGAUUGUCUCCUCCGUAGAGGAAGGUGUCACCGAGAUCGUUAAGCUAACGGCAACUCCGGGUUUUAUUAGACGUCAUUGGGCUGCCAUUAUUAUUCAGACAGCUUUCCGAGGUUACCUCUCUAGGAGAGCAUUACGGGCGUUGAAAGGAAUAGUGAAGCUACAAGCAUUAGUGAGAGGUAACAAUGUAAGAAACCAAGCAAAACUCACUUUAAGAUGCAUCAAGGCUUUGGUUCGAGUUCAAGAUCAAGUGCUUAAUCAUCAUCAACAACAACGCUCAAGAGUCUUAUUAUCACCACCAUCGAGAAACUACAAUAUAGAAGCAAGACGUAACUCAAUGUUCGCUGAAUCUAACGGUUUUUGGGACACCAAAACAUAUCUUCAAGACAUCCGUAGCCGUAGAUCUUUGUCGAGGGACAUGAAUAGGUGCAAUAAUGAAUUUUACUCAGAGGAAACAGAAUUGAUUUUGCAGAAGAAAUUAGAGAUUGCUAUUAAACGAGAGAAAGCUCAAGCACUUGCUCUCUCUAAUCAGAUUCGGAGCCGGUCUUCCCGGAAUCAAUCAGCCGGCGAUGAUAGGGAGCUUCUAGAGAGAACACAAUGGCUUGACCGAUGGAUGGCUACAAAGCAAUGGGACGACACAAUCACCAAUUCCACAAACGUUAGAGAUCCUAUCAAGACUCUUGAGGCUGUAACAACUCAUCAUCAUCAGAGAUCAUAUCCAGCGACUCCACCGUCUUGCAGAGCUUCAAGAUCCGUUAUGGUGAGAUCAGCUAGUCCAAGAAUACCAUGUUCGCCUUCCUCGAUGCAGCCAAAUUACAUGUCGGCGACAGAGUCGGCUAAGGCUAAGGCAAGGACUCAGAGCACGCCACGGAGGAGACCAAUGACAGCGAAGAAGCGGCUUUGUUAUGCGGAGGAAGAGAGUUUGAGGAGUCCAAGCUUUAAGAGUUGUCUCUGGGGAGAUCAUGAAUCCGAUUAUUCUUGUUGUUACGGUGAUGGGUUCGCCGGGAAAAUCUCACCUUGUUCUACCACUGAGCUCCGGUGGUUAAAGUGAGACUUUCUUGUUUUUCGUAAUAUUUACGAUCAUGGGAUUUGUUUAGGGUCUAUUUUUUCCUUGUGCCAAAAGGUUACUUAGAUAACAAAGCUAUAAUUCUCCUUUAAACAACUUGACAUCGAUUCUUUAAGCCGUAGAUCAUCACAAUCACAUAAUCUUUUAAAGGUAUGUGUAAGAUUUGGCUAGAGCAGAGACAUGUUCUAAAGUGUAAUGUCCAAGUCUACCAGUUCUAUAGAGAUUCAAUAUCUUAGAAGCAACUCUUAGAUCAGCAAAC